AUGGGACUCAGUGCAGAGUCGUCUACGCAGCAAAUUGAAGCGCAGGAUCUCGAGAAGGCAGUUGAGGCCAUUCCUAUCUCCUCCUUCGCCGAAAUACCUUCUGAAAAAGGUGGUUCUCAGACACAAUCUGGGUCAUCUUCGGAUCAUGACCAUGAUGUCAACCAAAUAUCUAAAGUACCCACUAAAACGGUAGAACGGCCAGGGGUAUUAGAAAAGACUCUCUCCCUUGUUCGAACAAGAGAGUCCAACCGGGAUCCUGGUCCACCUCCAGAUGGUGGCUACCAUGCCUGGCUACAAGUGGCUCUUACACAUAUGGUUAUCUUCAAUACAUGGGGAUUCGUUAACGGAUUUGGUGUAUUCCAGUCAUACUACACUGAAGCCUUGAAACGGUCACCUUCCGACAUAUCAUGGAUUGGCGGAACUCAGAUCUUCCUUCUUUUCUUUAUUGGGACAUUUUCGGGUCGGGCAACAGACGCAGGAUACUUCAAGGCUGUCUGGUCCGCAGGUGCCGUGAUAAUUAUCUUUUCACUCUUCAUGACCUCGCUGUGCAAGACAUACUGGCAAACCUUUCUUUCCCAGGGUGUCUGCAUGGGAAUAGGAAGUGGCCUCAUAUUCUGUCCCAGUGUGGCUCUUCUAACAUCCUAUUUUGCUCGUCGGCGGUCUCUCGCAAUCGCCAUCACUGCGUCUGGCAGUGCAACUGGAGGAAUCGUCUACCCAGUACUCGUGCAACAACUGCUCCCCAAAAUUGGUUUUGGAUGGACCAUGCGAGUCAUCGGCCUAAUAACCGCCGUAACGCUUACCCCUGGCUUCUUUUUCCUUCGUCAACGCAUACCCCCUCGUCGAACGGGUCCGUUCUUUGAACUCCAGGCUUUCCGCGAACCUGCCUACUCUUUAUAUGCAGUGGCCAUGUUCCUUAAUUUUUGGGCCUUGUACAUAGCCUUCUUCUAUGUUGGCAGUUUUGGCCGUAAUGUAAUCGGCUUGUCUCAAAAAGAUUCCAUUAACCUCAUUCUUAUAAUAAACUGCGUGGGCAUCUUUGGUCGCCUAAUACCAUGCUAUAUCUCGGAUUGGAAAUCAGGUCCUAUAAAUGCCCUUAUACCAUGCACUGUUGUGGCAGGAGCAACAUUAUUCGGGUGGAUAGGCGUGAAAAGGGAGCCCAACUUAUACGCAUUUUCCAUUGUUUAUGGGUUCUUCGCCGCUGGGAUACAGGCCUUGUUCCCGUCUGCCCUGACAAGUCUCACAACAGAUCUGAAGAAGAGCGGCAUCCGAUUUGGGAUGACACUGAGCAUUGUAAGCUUUUCUUCCCUAACAGGUUCACCCAUCGCUGGUGCGUUGAUUGCAUUGAGGGACGGUGACUUUCUAUACGCCCAGAUCUUUGCUGGUUUGUCGAUGUUCCUCAGCCUUGCCGUCUUGCUAUUAUCCCGGUCAAAAGUAGUCGGAUGGAAGCUUAAAGCGAGAGUUUGA